AUGACAUCAGUACAAGAUCACAAUAUCAAGUUGGAUCAAACUAUUAAUAAAAUUAUAGCACAAGAGAUUGAAAAAGCAAUCAAUACUUAUAUAGAAAAGUUUAACCAAGAAUUUGAUUCUGAGCUUGAAAAUGCGUUUAAAGAUAUAAUAACUAUUCGUAAACUUGCUAUCAAGAAUCCUGAUACUACCAAUGAUGU